CAGGUGGCUGCGAAGCAGAUGGUGGGCCUGUACCUCAGUGUUUGGGUGACAAAGACCAUCCUGCCCCAGAUACGUGGAGUUCAAGUCACUGCGGUAGGCACAGGCGUCAUGGGAUUCCUUGGCAACAAAGGUGCGGUCGCUGUGCGCAUGCGUGUAUUCGACACCGGUGUGGAGUUGAUCAAUGCACAUCUGUCAAGCGGGGAAAGUGAAGGUGACAAGCUGAAGCGGCACAGCGAUUUCUUGGAGAUCAUCAGACGUGGACAGUAUCCCCCAGAUUCUGAUGCAAAGGAGCCUGAAACAAGCUUGGCAUGUGACCAGACAUUCUGGGUGGGCGACCUGAACUAUCGCCUGAACUUUCCAGACAAGCAGGUGAGGGAGCAGGUUCGGCUACGCAAGUUCGACGCUUUGGCAGAGCAUGAUGAGUUGGUGCAGGCAAGAGAGGCAGGGGAUGCCUUUCAAGGCUGGUGUGAAGGAGCCUUGACCUUUCCACCAACUUACAAGUUCAGGUGCGUUCGGGAUACCGUAUACAAGGACAGAAGGCGUACACCUGCAUGGACAGACAGAGUCCUAUGGCGAUCGAAGGGAAAAUCAAGUGCUCCGCAUCAGCUUAUUUAUGCAUCCGCCAUGGACAUCAUGAUGAGCGACCACCGUCUUGUAUAUGCGGCCUUCGUCUUCCCUGUAAGUGCCUGUGCCCAGGGUCUGAUGCGGUGA